UUCCUGGUUACCUCAGUGUUUUAACUUACAAUUUCUUCUUUCACCUCCAAAAGCAACAAGAUGUUGCACACAGCUUACAGCUCGUGUUCAUGGCUCUGGAAUGCUAGCAACCAGAAAGAUGGACUGUUUCGAGCUGCUUUCUCAUUUCUGAUUGCCAUAUUAGCAAUUUCACUCUGGCACCUUAGGAAGUCGAGGAAGUCAAUCGCUCCAUUGCCGCCUGGCCCACGUGGCUUGCCAUUGGUGGGAUAUCUUCCAUUUCUUGGAACUGAUAAUCUUCACCUGGUCUUUACAGAACUGGCUGGUGUCUAUGGUCCUAUCUACAGACUUUGGCUUGGAAACAAACUAUGCGUGGUGAUUAGCUCACCCUCGCUAGCAAAAGAAGUGGUUCGUGAUAACGACAUAACAUUUUCUGAGCGGGAUCCUCCCAUUGCUGCACAGAUUUGUACCUUUGGCUGCAAUGAUAUUGUAUUUGACUCCUACAGUACUCCCGACUGGAGAAUGAAGCGGAAAGUUCUUGUGCGCGAAAUGCUUAGCAAUAGUAGCAUCAAAGCUUGCCAUGGUCUACGGAGAGAACAAGUGAUGAAAACCAUUACAAAUGUGUAUAAAAAUGCUGGCAAGCCAAUUGAUUUUGGUGAAUUAUCAUUUUUAACAUCAAUCGAUGCGGUCAUGAGCAUGUUGUGGGGAGGCAAACAGGGAGGAGAUCAGAAAGGGAAUAGCAUUUGGACCGACUUUCGAGAGCUUAUAACACAAUUAAUGGUGAUAUUGGGAAAACCGAACGUUUCUGAUAUCUUCCCCGUGCUUGCGUGGUUUGACAUACAAGGAAUUGAGAGGGAAAUGAAGAAAAUCUCUCAAUCGUUUGAUCAACUUUUCGACUCUAUGAUUGAAGCAAGAAUGAGCGUUGCCACCAAAAUGGAAAAAGAUGAUGGAAAGACUGAACAAAAAGACUUCUUGCAGCUUCUUUUGGAACUCAAGGAGAAGGACGAUGCCUCAUCAUCAAUUACAAUGAAUCAACUCAAGGCCCUGUUGAUGGACGUUGUGGUGGGUGGAACCGAUACCACAUCAACAAUGAUGGAGUGGACAAUGGCAGAGCUAAUGCAACAUCCAGAAAUAAUGGAGAAAGUGAAGAAAGAAAUAGCUGAUGUUGUUGGUCCAAACAGCACCGUCGAAGAAGUUCACAUGCCUAAUUUGCGCUACCUAGAUGCUGUCCUGAAGGAGACCUUCCGGUUGCACCCGCCCCUGCCCCUGCUCGUGCCCCGUUGUCCGGGCCAAUCGAGCACUGUGGGUGGAUAUACCAUACCGAAGGGCACCAAGGUCUUCUUAAAUAUCUGGUCCAUUCACAGGGACCCACAUGUUUGGGAUAAUCCUUCAGAAUUCCAACCUGAGAGGUUCUUGAAUGAUCCUGACAAAUUUGAUUACUUAGGAAAUGACUCCCGAUACAUGCCAUUUGGUUCAGGAAGGAGAAUGUGCGCAGGAGUUUCUCUAGGGGAGAAGAUGCUAUAUUCGACCUUGGCCUCAUUGUUGCAUGCGUUUGAAUGGAAAUUGCCCCAGGGUGCCGAGCAAGAUUUGUCCGGAAGAUUUGGAAUUAUUAUGAAGAAAAUGAAGCCUUUGGUUGUUAUUCCAACACCAAGAUUAUCUAAUCUCGAGCACUAUCUAAAGUAACUUUAUAAUUGUAUUUCUCUGCACUAGAUUGCCUCUUAGCAAACUUCAGUCGCCUGAUAGCAUGAUUCAGGAGACAGUGCUAUGUAAUAUUUUGACAAUAACGGCUCAUUAAGUUUGUUGAAUAAUCAAUUAAA